UGGAAAGAUCUAUGUCAUCUUAUCGACCUGUAAAAACCUGCAAGACUUUCUUCAAGCUCCACCAUGGAUGGACUGCAGACAAUUUUGUUUUUUUUCUUAGGACUAGUAUUCUGCAGUCAUUAUUGCAUUUCUGAAUCAGUGCAGGAGGUGAUCUUCAGCCCUGGAGAAAACAUCACUCUAUACUGUGACUGCAAAGCAUCAACUGGAGUAUUUGUGGUCUGGUUCUUCAGGAACUGCUCCCUUAGAGACCAGUCUCAUUAUGUUUUAAAUGCUAAGGAUCAGAUAAGAGAAGACACAAAAUUUCCACGUUUGAAAUUUUUAAGAAAUGAUUCUUCAGAAUCUUAUGACCUACUGGUUAUAAAUGCUACUAAUUCAGAUGUGGGCUUCUAUUACUGUGGAACCGAAGAGACAAAAGUGGAGAUAAACAAUGAGAAGAACAUCUUCCAGAAAGACAUUUUUACGUAUGGAAAUAUCUCUACAACUCUCAUACUCGACACCUGUGGGCCCUGUUCUGACUUUAAGAAGACAGCGGAGGACUGCGAUGCCUGCUGGAAGCUGCUCUUCUCUCUGUGCCCGACUAUUUUUCUGCUCUCUGUUGUUUUCUCCUCACUUUUAAUUUACCUGCUUUGUCACAAGACAGGUAAAGGUAAAGAAGAUCAAUCUGAACAAAAAAGAUACAUGGAAGAGAUGCAGGAUGAAAACAUUUGCUAUGCUGCCUUGGAAUUCCAUCAGCCAUCAUAGAGACCAAAGAAAACCAAAAUGAAAGCCAAGUACCACCAAUGAAGAUCCCCAUUCUCCUUGGAUAUAAUCUGACAAGGAUCAAUGUUCUCUCUUUUAUUGUAUCAUCCUUCAAAGCUAGACUUUGUCAAAAGUUUUUCAUCCUUUUCAUAAAUGUUUAUGUAUAUUUUUAACAUGUGGUUGAGGAAAAAUUAGGUUGCUCGUUAAAUACUUAUUUUUUUUACGUCUAAUGUAUUUCUUUUUGUUUCUGUGAAAGAAAAUUAUUUAAUUGCACUUCAACACUAAAAGGACACUAUGUUUUAUGAUAGCAAAAAACAAAACAAAAAAAGUUUUCUAGCUGUCAAACAAGUUAGGGAACCCUCUCUAGCUGUAGUUACACAUUUUCCCUGAAAUAACUUCAGUUAGAAACUUCCCGGAACAAUCUAACAGUCUAAAAAGAAGUUUUCCCCAAUCCUCAUUUACAGCUUUGAUGUUUGAAAAGUUCCUUACAUCUACAACCAUGUGAGGUUUCAGUUCAACUCACAGUAUCGCAAUAAGAUCAACAUCACAAGCUCAACUCAUGUCAGGACCUUUCAAGGUUUAAUUUUCCACUAGUCUGACAUGAUUUUACUCAUAUUUUUGGGUCAUUGUAAUGUCAUAGGGUUUGGUUCUGUUUCAGCUU